AUGUAGCUAUUGAUAUAGAAAUAAAAGAGAAACUAAUAAGAAUUUCAAACAAAGAUCAAGUUUAUAAAAUUGCAGGCACAGUGCUGUGUCGGCACCUUAGAAGGCUAUAGCCUCACCCUAUGGCCAAUAGCAAUUAUCCAGGAAGUAAUAAGCCCAGCACUCGCCGACUGAUUGUGCUAUUACACAAUACACACAGCAUAGCGUACGUGAGGACUACAUGCAAUAGGACCUGCAGAAAAGCUUUCACUCACAGUUUACAUCCGGUGAGUAUACGUCAAAGGCUGAAUCAACAUAAGGGCAGGGUGUGGCAAAGUAAAGGGGUGUGUUCUCAUACAAUAAAAGGACACACUAAGGAUUAAUCUUUCCAGACAAGUUUCAUUCAUUACACUGUCAUGGCUGGGAGAGGGAAACCGCGCAAGCUAAACAGUCUCGACGCUGAGUGCACUAAAGUAAGUUUUCCUGAUUUAACAGAAGGGAAGCAGAGUGAAAAACAAACGAAACAGAAACCAAAGAAAGCGGAGCAGAAAAAUCCAAACAAAGCUGAAGAAAAGUUUCCUCCUGACAGUGCCAGAGGAGAAUCUCAACACAGCAGAGCACAGAGAACUUGUGCGACCAGGACCAAGUCGACAGAACAACUUCCACUGGAGAAACUGGAGAAAAAGGAAAUUCCAAAAACCACAAGAACAAAAAGAUGUUCUGACAGGACAAAAUCACAAGGACUUGAAGAGGAAGUAAAGCCAGAGGGUACCAGAAAAACAAAUCCACGUGUUAGGAAGGCCAAACCAUCAGAAAUGACUGAGAUACAGCUAAAAGAUCCUACAGAGGAUUCUGUGGACACUGUCAAAGCAAAAGCCUGUGGCACCAAGCCAAAAUUAAGAGAACAACUUGAUGCAAAGAUGCAAAAUGAGCAAUAUUUUGAGAAGAUACCAAAGGCAGAGCAACAGACUCCAAAGAAUACAAGAGAGGCUUCAGAACAGACCACAAAAACCGAAAUAUGUGCUGGCAAAGCCAAAUCGCCACUAGCAAAAGCCUGUGGUGCCAAGCCAAAAGUAGAAGUACAAUCUGCUGUGCAGGAUACAAAGGUUGCACCAGGAAAAUCUGAGGACUUAAAAAGGAAAGAUACGACCGAAGAAAAAGCUUCAACAGAUUAUAUCCUUAGGGAAACUCUGAAAAAAUUGAAAAUUAAGAUGAUUGACAAAGCAAAGGCAGCAGAAGUCAUAAAUGCGAUAAUACAAAAUAUAAUCAAUCAUUUAAAACAAAAUACGUUAAGCUUUAAUGACGUACAAGAACCCCUAAAAACAGGAAGCUACUAUGAAAAUCUAAAGAUUUGUAAUCCCGAUGAAUUUGACGUCAUGCUGCCCAUCUUGGUUGAUCGGGUGAGACUUGAACCAUUUGGAAAUGAUGGCGCAUUUUACAGUGUGGAAUUAAAACGUGGCCAGAAGAAUCUGGAAAGAUUUCUAGAAAAUGGCAUUUUAUCUGCUACCAAGAUGCUCAGUGAGUUCAGGGAAGAAGUGAAGAAAUGUGUCAAGAAUUUUACUGAAUGGAAGGUGGACAAGAAGAAAAAAGGCUGUCCAGCAGUGACCCUGACCACACAUGUACAAUCAGUCCCAAUUUCGCUGGAUGUUGUUCUCUGCCUUAUGGUUAAAUCAAGCUGGCCGCCUUUCACAACCCAAGGCCUUAAAAUAGAGUGCUGGCUCGGGCAUAAAGUUAAGCAAGAUCACAAGCGAGAGCCAUAUUAUCUGGUCCCAAAAUAUGAGGGCAAGGGUACAGUGGAAAAUGAUGGUGUCUGUAAUAAAGAUGUUUGGAGAGUUUCAUUCUCUCACAUUGAGAAGGCCAUCCUGAAAAAUCAUGGAUCAAAGAAGACUUGCUGUGAAAAAAGUGGAGAAAACUGCUGCAGGAAGUCCUGUCUGAAACUCCUAAAGCACCUGCUACAUCUGCUGAAGGAAAGGGACUCUUCAUUUGACAAGUUUUGCUCUUAUCAUGCCAAAACUACACUCUUUCAUGCCUGUUGCUUGCGAACUGAUGACAACAACUGGAGAGAAUCAAACCUGAGCGAUUGUUUCCAGCUGCUCCUGGAAGACUUUGAACGUUACUUGGAAAAUGGUGAACUAUGCAACUUUUUCGUUCCAAGUCAGAACCUAUUCUCUGGUAUUGGAAAGUGCAAAUGUCUGUGCGACGCUAUCAGGAAGGAACGUCUGAGCGGCUUUCCUAUUUUCAGGGAACAACUUAAAAAUGGACAUUAAUGCACAUCUGAGCUCGUGACUUUUGUAAGUGCUAUAGUGUCUUGAUGCAUGCUCAAUCAAAUGCUGCAUCCAGAUGAACAGAAUCUUCGAAAGUUGAUUCUGUUCAUCUGGAGAUACCCAGAUAGCAAAUAUCCAUUGAAACAAUGUUUAGUCAAUAUCAGUUGAUUCCACUGAAACAACAUCAGAAUUUGAUGUUGAAUCAAUGUUGAAUGCUGAUGUUGAUUUUCCAUCAUUUUUGCACCUUUGGUUACUAUUGAAACAACAAUAAAAUCAUGAUUAAAAAUCAGUAUUUAACAGUGGUUUAAUAUUUGUAUCAAUACUAAACCACUGCAAAUUACCAGCAAUACUUAAACCUGCUAAAAAGACAACUGUGUAUGAUCCACAAAUAGGAAACCAUUAUAUGCUGGACAUUAUCUUACAAUUUGUCAUGCCCAUAAAAAUAUCCCUAUAAUAUGAAGCAUCUGGCAUUAUGUAAUAAAAAAUGACAGACAUCUCUGUCAAUAACAAAGGAUCAGAUGAUGGAUCAGAUGAAAAAUCAACAUCAGUUCAACGUCUCCUUGGCAUCUGGGUAGCGUUUUCAGACGCUAUGAGAUUUACUUACCUGGAUGAUUGAGCAUGAAUCAACACAGAUGAACAGAAACAACUUUUGGGGAAGUCCUAUAGUGUUUACAAUGCCUCAAUAAUUUACAACUUUGAGUUUUGUAACAGAUUUAUAAGAAAUUCUACUAGUACAACUGAGAUUUAGGGGAACAGUAACUGAAGUACUAAUAUACUUUUAAGUGUUUUUUUUUAUUAUAUUUGAGUCAAUCCUUAAUAUAUCGCUUAAAUGUGUUUUAAUAUGUCAGCUAUUAAUCAGCAAAUUACAUUGUCUUUUCAUUGUCCAUAUGUAUUAUUAUAUAUUAUAUUUUUUAACUGACUUUUUUCUGAAGCCAGAUGAUACCUCUUAUUUGUAAAAUAUAUACCUUAAAAUGGCACUCUUUAAGUCCGGUCGGAGCGGGCACGCUCCGUUGUGCAUAACUAUUUUUAAAUCCAUGUAGAACUACAACCACAUAAGCAAGCAAAAUAAAAAAAAAUUGUAUAUGAAACCAGAGGAGUUGUAAAUACAUCUUAUGCCAUCAGUUUGUCCUAAGUCAUGGUUUCCUUCCAAAUAUAGCUUUGGAAAAUUUGCAUAAAAAGCGCAGCAACAAAAACAUGAUAUUCCAGAAACACGCGAUCAGCUGUUCAUAACACUUCCUACGUUGGAAAAGACGUCAGCGUGAACAUGGCACGUCCGCACCUGCCGAAACAGGAAGUGACGUCACGUUCACGGAAAAGUUUGGUGUGCUUCUUUGGUUUUGUAUCUUUUUUUUUUUUUGUUACCUUCGGGGCCUUUAUGCCUAUGCUGGUGUUUUUAAAAGUCAUGUUUGACUUUGUGCUUUUCUGUAUCGCUUCUGGGAUGCUUAGAACUCAAAUUACACUGCUGGAAAUAGUUUAUUUCGAUG